GUUCAAAAUGCUACUAGAAAAACUAACAAAUGACUACUUUUACAAACCAUCUAGCGAUGUUUUCAUGAAAGAGUCAUCUAUUAAAUAAAUGAUUAAAUCAAAAAACAUCACUUAGUGUUAUUUAUUUAUAUUUGCCUAGUCAGGUCAGGUAAGACCAGUUUAUCACUCUUUGAUUCUCUUAUCAGAUAACUGAUUACUGAACCAGAUGUAGUUUGAUUUAUUUUCUUUCUGUUAACUUUUUAUCAUCUUAAGCUUUUACAGAGCGUCCAAACACAGAGAAACUCUGAAGAAACUCUGAAAACUGCUGAAGCGACUGAGAUCCUCGUGACACUAGUAUUAUAAAGAUGGCUUUUAUUAAAGUGGAGAGUGAAGACCUGAAGAUUGAAGAAGUAUUCAGUGUCAAACAAGAAGAAAGUGAGGAACAAACAGGUCUGAUGACACUGAAAGAGGAGAGUGAAGCUCUGAAUGAAACGGAUGAGAAAUAUAAGCUUGAGAAACAUCACGAGUUCAUAACUGAAGAAAAACCAUUUACUUGCUCACAGGCUGAAAAGACGACUUCAAGAAAUAGAGCUCAAAAGACAAGAACCUGCGAAAAUAAGCAUUUGACCUGUCAACAGUGUGAGAAAAGUUUUAACCGAAAAGAAAGCCUAAACAAGCACAUGAAAUCUCACAAUGGAGAGAAGCCCUACACAUGCCAACAGUGUGGAAACCAUUUCAGUCUACGUGGAAACCUUAAAAUCCACAUGAGAGUUCACACUGGAGAAAGCCCUUUCACCUGUCAACAGUGUGGAAAGAGUUUCACUCAAAAUGCAAGCCUUAAAAGGCACAUGACAAUUCACACUGGAGAGAAACCUUACACCUGCCAACAGUGUGGAAGCAGUUUCAAUCUAUAUGGAAACCUAAAAACUCACAUGAGAAUUCACACUGGAGAGAAACCUUACACCUGCCAACAGUGUGGAGACAGUUUCCAACUACAUGGAAAGCUGAAAAUUCACAUGAGAACUCAUACUGGAGAAAACCCUUUCACCUGCCAACAGUGUGGAAAGAGUUUCACUAAAAAAUCAACCCUUAUCACACACAUGAGACUUCACACCAAAGAGAAGCCUUACACAUGCCAACAGUGUGGAUAUGGUUUUAUUCAAAAAACACACCUUAUGAGGCACAUGAGACGUCAUACCGGAGAGAAGCCUUAUACCUGCGAACAGUGUGGAAAAGGUUUUUCUCAAAAAGCAACCCUUAACAGGCACACGAUAGUUCAUACCGGAGAGAAGCCUUAUACCUGCCAACAGUGUGGAAAAGGUUUUGCUGAAAAAAGAUCCCUUAUGAAGCACAUGAGAGUUCACACCGGAGAGAAGCCUUAUACCUGCCAACAGUGUGGAAAAGGUUUUGCUGACAAAGCAACUCUUAUCAGUCACGAGAAUUUACACUGGACAGACAGAGUUUCAAUUACCUUUAUAACGUUUACGUUCAUAUGAGAAAUCAAAGGCUGCAUCUACACUUGUCAUUAACAUGUGACCUGUAUCUGGAUGAUGUCCACACACUGAAAAGACAAGUGUAAACAUGCUUCUGAUUGGAAUGUUAUCUGAUCAGUGCGUCCUGGUCCAGAGGUAAUCAAAGACUCAUUGUGAUCAGAUCUCAGUGUAAUUUAAACACAAUCCACCCAUUGAUUCUGCAUUUGCCGGUCAAUGUAACACAAACCCCCCCCCCCCCCCCCCCUCUCUCUCUCCCGAACUGUCAGAAGAAAGAUGGAGGAUACCAGGCCGUGGAGUGCUAGUGAGACUCCUACACUUAACACUGCAUCUACACUGGACUGAUUCUCUUUUUGAAACAAAAUAACUGUGUAGCAGCUGUUCAUUUAGUGACUCCUAGUGAGCGCAAACAUGCUCAUCAUAACGACGCAAACAUUCUCCUAGAUUUCACACUUUGCAUUCAGUUAACAGAUCCAUACGAACCAUGCAUGAAAUAAGUUUAUAAAGUCAAAUGGUAUCUUUAUGUGCUUUACAGAUGAACUUGACUUUCCAAAAUGUUCAAGAAUAGAUUAUCUUUGACUCGGUAAUGCAAGUUCAUGAUCU